AUGGCCUUGAUCGAAAGAGCGCUUGCCGAAGCAGGCGGCCGCCGGCGCCUCCUCCGCCUCCGCCCUAACGGGCUCCGGCACCUGCCAGCCGAAAGAACCGAGUGCUCCCCUCAGCCGGAGGAUCAGUCAAUCACCUGCGCGCGCGCCACAGCCGCCGCGCCCGCCCGCCCGCGCCCAGCCUGCACGACCAGCCGCAAAGCACCGCCGCUGAUACCCGACAGCCCCCGCGCCGAAGGACGUUGGAGGUGUACGCCCAGCCAGAGUCUGCUCAUGCGUGCUCCCAGCGGGCCCCGCGCCGCAAGCACCUAUAAAAUGACGGGCAGACGACAGCAAAGAAGCUGCCCAAAGGCAGUUUGCCACGUCCUCUCCGCCAUCGUGAAAGCUAUCGCGCCUCAGCCUCCGUCCGCUACUCGGACGACGGACCUGACAGACAUGUGUGGACAGACAUGGCAAGGGGAUGCGCUGCAGCUGCGCUCGCACUCGGCUUCUCGCAAGUUCUACUUUGUGACUCCGAACACCGACUGCGUGCUGUGGAUGCAUGCCGCGACCCCUGAAGACAGGAUGCGCUUCCAGUUCCGCUUCUUCCUGGUCUACAGCUUGUCCUCUGCCACCCGGAUCACCGCAGCUACCGUGUCCACCAAGGCCACCCGGGCCCCCAAUGCUUCCUCGCCCGACCCAUGCGCACCAGGCUCCUACCUGCAGUUCUAUGACGGCCCGCAGGGGGCGCCCCGAGCCCUUGGACCCCCGACCUGCGGCCUGACCAUCCCCGCCCCGCUCACGUCCUCGGGACCCUGGCUUGGUCUGCGCUUGGUCACCAGGGGCCGCCAGCCCCGUGUGGAUUUCUUGGGCGAGGUGACCUCUUUCCGCCUGGGGUUUUGCGGCACCUACUUCCGCUGUCGGAAUAGUAGGUGUGUGCCCCGGAGCCUGCUGUGUGAUGACAGGGACAUGGACAACUGUGGUGACGGCAGUGACCAGGACACCCAACCCCCAGCCAGCUGCAGAGGUCCUUCUCUGGUACCCACGCAGACCCUGAGAAUGGAAGAUGACAGUUCCAGGCCUCCGACUCUCCUCAUGGCUCUUGGCUCUGCAGCGGAGAGGACCUCUCCAGCAAGCCUGGCAUCCAUCACACAAGAAGUAUUGGAAGGUGCUUGGAUCCGGUGGGUGGCUCUGGCCUCCUCGAUACUGUUGACCUCCACUGGCCUCCUCUGGUGGUGCUGCUGCUGCCCGGGUUGGCUGGGUUGGCACCCAGGGGCUCACAGGCUCUGUCUCAGAUGCUGCACAUCCUACGAUGCUUGCCACCUGUGUCCUGGUCGGGUGGCUCCUGGGGAUCUGUGGCUGAACUGGCCAGCUCUCCAGAGCCAGGGAGGCCAUCCUUAG